AUGUAUGAAGAUUAUUUUUCUAUUGAUGAUAUUCUCUCAACACAAGAACGUAUUCGUUGUCAAUUACUUGUUGAUAUACCAAAACUAGGUUUUCUUGAAUCUUCAUCAUCUGCAGCAAUAAAUGAUGAUAAAAGUGAAGGUAAAGAAGGACCAAAUUUAUCAACAUUAACAGCAAAUACAAAACUUGAACUUCCUUAUUGGAUGAUUUAUUCAAUAUGUAAUUGUAAAACGCGAUUUGCUUCAUUACCUGAAUUACCAUUAAUAUAUUCACGUAUUCAACGACAUAUUUUUGCUGCUGAUGCAUCUGUUGUUGAUUUGGCUAAACAAGGUCCACAUUUCUAUCGUCAAGGACGACAUUUAUUAGAAUUAAAUUUUGAUGAAAAACGACAAGUUGCUAUAACACUUUUACAAACAUAUCAACAAAGAUUUCGUUCAAUUAUGGAUUCAGCAUUUCAUUUAGUUUUAUCAACUGAUCAUCAUCAUCAUGAAAGUAUGAAACAACAAACAAAUAAAUUUGAAAGACAAGAAAAAAUUUUAUUAUUAUUGGGUCAAGCAGCUUUUCGAGAUUAUGAUAGAUUAAUUAAUAAUGAAACAAGACAAAUGUUACCACCUAAAGUUCAAGGAAUGACAAAUGAUCUUACCAAUGGUGCACGUAUUUGGUUACCAGAUCGUGAACUUGUUUGGCGUGCGGUCACUGUCUCCGCUAAUUAUGAUGGAAAAGGAAAACUUGAGGUUACAUCACCUGAUGGAGGAAAUGAAACAAUUCCAAUUAAAUCUGAUACUGAUCUUCCACCAUUACGUAAUCCAGAGAUACUUAUUGGUCAAAAAGAUCUUACUGCUCUAUCCUACUUAAAUGAACCUGAAGUUUUAUAUAAUCUUGAAUCUCGUUUUAAUAAAUCUCAAAUUUAUACAAAAUGUGGUAUUGUAUUAGUUGCUAUAAAUCCUUAUGAAGUUUUAUCAAUAUAUGGAAAUGAUACAAUUCAAUUGUAUCGUGAUCAAGAUGUUCAAUUAUUAGAACCACAUAUAUUUUCUACAGCUGAAUUAGCUUAUCAAUCUAUGGUGAAUUUCUCGAAAAAUCAAUCAAUUAUUGUUUCAGGAGAAUCAGGUGCUGGAAAAACAGUUAGUGCAAAAUAUGCAAUGAGAUAUUUUGCAAAUGUUGGCGGUUUAUUAGAAGAAACACAAAUUGAAAAAAAAGUUUUAGCAUCAAGUCCGAUUAUGGAAGCUAUUGGAAAUGCUAAAACAAUACGUAAUGAUAAUUCAUCACGUUUUGGAAAAUAUAUUGAAAUUGGUUUUUUAAAAAAUCAUAUUUGUGGAGCAUCAAUGAGAACUUAUUUACUAGAAAAAUCAAGAGUUAUUUAUCAAGCACCUGAUGAACGAAAUUAUCAUAUAUUCUAUCAAUUAUGUACACAAACGAAUCAACCAGAAAUGAAAUCUCUUGCAUUAUUAUCUGCGGAUCAAUUUCGAUAUACAUCUGAAGGAAAUGCAAUAACAAUCAAAGGUGUGAAUGAUGCUCAACAAUUUCAGGAAACACGUGAAGCAUUAACACUCCUUGGUAUUGAGAAUAAAGUUCAAAUAUCAAUAUUUCGUCUUCUAUCUGCAAUAUUACAUUUGGGAAAUGUUAUUAUAAGUGAAGGUGAUGGUGAAACAACGUAUGUUAAAGAAUCUGAUAGAUCAUUUUCAACAUUUUGUUCACUUCUUAAAAUUGAUGAAAGUCGUAUGAGAACAUGGCUAUGCAAUAAAAGAAUUAAAACUGGUGUUGAAGUUGUUAAUACAACAUUAACUUUUAAUCAAGCUCUAUUCUCUCGAGAUGCACUUGCAAAACAUAUUUACUCGCAAUUAUUUUCAUGGAUUGUUAAUGAAAUAAAUAAAUCAUUAGAAUAUAUUGGACAAAGACAAUCAUUUAUUGGUGUUCUAGAUAUUUAUGGUUUCGAAACAUUUGAAAUAAAUAGUUUUGAACAAUUUUGUAUAAAUUAUGCAAAUGAAAAAUUACAACAACAAUUUUGUCAACAUGUAUUUAAACUUGAACAAGAAGAAUAUAUGAAAGAAGAAAUAACCUGGUCAUUUAUACAAUUUUAUGAUAAUCAACCAUGUAUUGAUUUAAUUGAAAAUAAAUUAGGAAUUUUAGAUUUAUUAGAUGAAGAAUGCAAAAUGCCCAAAGGUUCAGAUGAAAACUGGAAUAGAAAAUUAGUUACUCAACAUGGAAAACAUCCAGAUUUUUUAACAAAAAAAUUAGCAGCUAAUUCAUCAUUUAUUAUAAAUCAUUUUGCAGAAAAAGUUGAAUAUUCAAUCGAUGGAUUUCUUGAAAAAAAUCGUGAUACAGUACUUGAAGAUCAAUUAAAAAUGUUAAAAGAGAGUGAAUUUGAUUUUGUUGUUCAAUUAUUUCUGGAAGAAGAUGAAUUAAAAGAUAAUGCAAAAGGAUCAGGAAAAUCUUAUCAAGUACAAAAAACAGGAACAUUACAAGCAACAUCAAAAGUUCAAGCACAAAGAAAGAAAACUGUUGGAUCUCAAUUUCGUGAGUCGUUAACAAGUCUAAUGGCAGCAUUAAAUUCUACGGAACCACAUUAUGUUCGUUGUAUAAAACCUAAUGAUACAAAAACUCCAUUUACAUUUGAACCUCGUCGUGCCGUACAACAAUUACGUGCAUGUGGUGUAUUAGAAACAGUUCGUAUUAGUGCUGCUGGUUAUCCAUCACGUUGGAAUUAUCAUGAUUUUUUUAUUCGUUAUCGCUUAUUAGCACGUUCAUCAGUAAUUGAUCGUACAAAUUAUCGUCGAACAUGUGAAAAUAUUCUUAAAAAUUUAAUAUCUGAUCAAGAUAAAUAUCAAUUUGGAAAUACGAAAAUAUUUUUUCGUGCUGGACAAGUUGCUUAUUUAGAAAAAUUACGUUCAGAAAAACUUCGUGCAUGUAUUAUUAAAAUACAAACAACAUACCGUGCUUAUUAUGCUCGUAAACGUUAUUUAAAAAUUCAACGUACAACACUUGCACUUCAAACAUUAGCUCGAAGAUAUUUAGCAAUAAAACAUGCCGAAAAUAUUCGUCGUACACGUGCUGUAACAUUAUUUCAAUCGUUAUGGCGUAUGCAAUUAGCUCAACGUAAUUUUGAAAGACUUCGAAUUAUUUUAAUUGAUAUACAAUCACAUUGUCGAGGUUAUUUGGUUAGAAAAAAUCUUCAACAAAGAAUGCUUGAACGAAGUGUACUUGUACUUCAAUCAUCUGUACGUAUGUGGAUUGCACGUCAAAGAUUUCUUACAUUUCAACGUGGUGUUAUACUUUUACAAUCACAUCAACGUCGACGUGAAGCUUGUUUAGAAGUUAAAAAACUUCGUCUUGAACAACGUUCAAUUGAACAUCAAAGACAAUUAAAUAAAGGUUUAGAAAAUAAAAUUAUUUCAUUACAAUAUAAAAUUGAUGAACAAAAACGUGAUAAUGAACGUUUAUCAUCUAAAGAACAAGAAUUUGAUAGUUUAAAAAAAGAAUUUGAACAAAUUAAAAUUAAUAAUAAAGAAUUCAAACAAAAACAAAAAAAACAAUCAAAUUUAGAAGAAGAACUUCAACAACUUCGAUUAGAAAAUGAACGUCUUAAAGCUGAUAAUACAUCAAUUCGUUCUGAUUUAACACAAACAAAACAAUCAAAAGAGGAAAUUAUUUUAAAGAAUACUGAAUUAGUUACAAAUUUACAAAAUCAAAUCGAAGAAAAAUCAAAAGAAAUUAAAAAAUUAAAGGAACAAUCACGUGGAGAUUUAUCAGCACAAGAUUUAUCAACAACACGAUUAAAACAACUUGAAGAAGAAUUAUCUACUGAAAGACAACAAAGACAACGGCUUGUUAUUGAAAUGCAUAGAUUAGAACAAAAAUGUGAAAAUCUUCAAAGUGAAUUACAAAAUGGAAAUGUUAAUAAAGUUAAAUCAGCACCAUCAGAUUCAAAUAUGACUUGGGAUUCGAAAUUUAUGGAUACACUUGAUCUUGAUGAUCUACCUGAUCAAGCACCAUUGAACAGCGAUAGUUUAACUCCUCGUCGUCCUCCUCCUCUUCUUUCAUCUACUAUCAAUAGCCAUCUACGUCAAUUAACAACUAUAAAUACAAAUGAACCAUUAGAAGACCUUGCUGAAAUAGAUGGUAAUGCUGGUGGUCUUCUUCUUCGUCUUCAACGACGUCUUAGACAACUCGAACAAGAAAAUAAAACAAUGAGUGAAGAACUUGACAAAGGAAUAACAAAUUCAUCGAAAUUAAGUACAAUGAAAAAACAUUCACCAUGGCAUUUAGAUGAAUUAGAUAUGGAUAAAUUACGAAAUGACCUUAGAGCAUUAAGAGAAGAAUUACUCAAGGGUGAUGAACAAUCUGCAAAAGACCAAUUACUUGCUCAAUUUGAAGCAUUAAAUGCUGAAUUAGAACAUCGUCGUCGUGAACAAAUUGAAAUGAAAUCAAAACUACAAGAUCGUGUUAUGCAACAUGAAAAUGAAACUGAUGAUGUUAUUGCAAGUGAUGCUAUUGAACAAGCAUAUCAAAGUCAAAAACAAAUUAACAAAAUGCUCGAACUUGAACUUGAACAAUGUCGAACAUCAUAUCAACGUGAAUAUGAAAGAACACAAGAUCGUUUAGCACAAGUUGAAGCAGAAAAUCUUGAAUUAUGUAAAUCAAUUGAUGAAAAUACAGUUGAUGAUUCAAUGAAACAACAAAUAGCUAAUGUUAUACAUGAAAAUCUUGAACUUCAUCAACAAAUUCAAAAUAAUCAUGCAGAAAUUAGAAAAUUAAGACGUGUUAUUAAACUUGUUAAUAAAAGUUUUUCAGCAGGAAAUGUAUCCUGGGAACAAGUCUUACAAAAUGGUUCAACAAAUGGUCUUCCUCCGUUUACUAAUCAUAUUGAUGGUUCGAAUUCAAUGUCAUUAGCAAGUACAACAAUACAAUCAAAUGUAACAGGAAAUGUUGAUCUUCGUCGUCAAAGUAUAAAACAUUUUAGUGGAAUGAUUAAAUGUAAUCCACAAGAAACAGAACGAAUAACUGAUACCGUUAUUCUUGAAUUAAAACCUCGUUUAGCUGCCAAAUAUAUUCCUGCUCUUCCUGCUUACAUUCUUUUUAUGUGUAUUCGAUAUAUUGAUUUUGUUGAUGAUGAAGCACAUGUUGCUGGAUUUUUAUCAGCUGUUACGAAAAAAAUCAAAAAAUUACCACGAAGAAAUGAAGAUAUUGAUUAUCCUAUUCUAUGGACAGCAAAUACUGUUCGAUUUCUUCAUACAUUACAACAAUAUAGUGGUGAAGAGAAAUAUCAAAUAACAAAUACUCCAAAACAAAAUGAACAAGCAUUAAGAAAUUUUGAUUUAACUGAUUAUCGAAUCAUUUUUGCUGAUCUUGUUGUUCAUUUAUAUGAUGAAAUUUUAAAAAGAGUGAAAAUUAAAUUAUUACCAAUGAUUAUUCCUGCUAUAAUUGAACAUGAAGAUCUUGAUUCAGGUGGUAUCGCAUCUGUAAAUCCAGGUAUAUCUGCAACAACUCCUACUGAUAAACGAUCAAAAUUUUCCGCACAAGAUCUUCUUAAACAAUUAAAUGAUUAUCAUAAAUUAUGUCAAAUGUAUUCAGUUGAACCAGUUAUUGUUCAACAAUUAUUCAAACAAAUUUUUUAUAUAAUUGAUGCUCAAGCUCUUCGUGGUUUACUUGUACGAAGUGAUUGUUGUAAUUGGAGUAAAGCUUUACAAAUUCGUUAUAAUUUAAAUCAUUUAACUGAAUGGUUACGUGAUCAAAAUUUACAAGAUAGUGGUGCUUCUGAUUGUCUUCUUCCAUUAACACAAGCUGUUCAAUUAUUUCUUUGUAAAAAAGAUGAAACAAGCAUUAGUAAUGUUUGCACUAAGUUAACUAUAGUUCAAGUAACGAAAUUAUUGAGUUUAUACAAGUCAAUGGAUGAUUUUGAUGAUCAAGUAACACCAACAUUAAUAAAACGUGUACAAGAAUUAUUGAGACAACAAAGACUUGGUUCAACACCUGAUCGUGCACGAAGUGAUUAUGAACAACAAGAAAAUUUUGAUCUGUCAUAUACAUUUCCACUUGUUUAUCCUUAUGUUCCAUCAACUGUUUCACUUGAUCAAUUGGAGAUUCCUCAUGAACUUCAUCUUGAUUUUCUUUCCCUUGUUUAA